UAUCAGAGGGGCGUCUUCUCCUCCCUCUCCGCUGCAAUAAAAUUAAAAUCCGAUUAAGAUAUGACGGCGGCGAUGAUGGGGGAGGUGGCAGCGCAGGUGGCCUCCGCCAUCGGCGGCCUCAUGUUCGCCUACACCAUGUUCCGAAACUACUUCCCCCACGAACUCGUCGACCCCCUCAAACCCUACUUCCAGAAGCUUCUCAACUUCUUCUACCCCUACAUCCACAUCACCUUCUCCGAGUACGACGGCGACGGCUUCGAGCGCAGCGCCGCCUACGCCGCCAUCCAGCGCUACCUCAACGCCAAUUCCGCCAGCCAAGCCAGGCGCCUCAAGGCCAACGUCGUCCACGACACCGACUCCGACGUCGUACUCACCAUGGCCGAGUCCGAGGAGGUCACCGACGACUUCAACGGCGUCCGCCUCUGGUGGUCCUCCUACAAAAUUUCCCCCAAUCGUCAAUCGAUUUCGUUUUACCCUAGGGAGGACGACCGCCGCGAAUUCGGGCUGACGUUCCACCGGCGCCACCGCGACGCCGUCACCAAACUCUAUUUAAAGCACGUGCUCGACGAAGGUAAAGCCAUCGCCGUCAAGGAGCGCCGCCGCAAGCUCUACACCAACAUUAAAUCCGACGGCGGAUGGUACGGACGCCGCCUCUGGAGCCACGUGCUGUUCGAACAUCCUGCGACCUUCGAUUCUCUUGCAAUGGAUCCGUACAAGAAGCAGGAGCUCAUCGACGAUCUCAUUAAUUUCUCCAAAUCGAAAGACUAUUACGCUAAAAUUGGCAAGGCCUGGAAACGUGGGUACCUUCUGUACGGCCCGCCCGGAACGGGAAAAUCCACCAUGAUCGCCGCCAUGGCUAAUCUUCUCAAUUACGAUGUUUAUGAUUUGGAGCUGACGUCAGUCAAAGACAACACUGAGCUAAGAAAGCUUCUGAUCGACACGGCCGGAAAAUCCGUGGUCGUGAUUGAGGACAUCGAUUGCUCUCUAGACCUAACAGGGCAGAGGGAGAGCAAGAAAGAAGAAGACGAGGACAAAGACAAAGACAAAGACGGGAAGAAUAAAGACGUCGAGAAGAUUAAGGAUUCAGUCAAGAAAAUGGAGAAGGAGAAACCAAGCCAGGUCACAUUAUCGGGGCUGCUAAACUUCAUCGACGGCCUCUGGUCAGCUUGUGGAAAAGAAAGAAUCAUAGUCUUCACGACCAAUCAUGUCGAGAAGCUCGAUCCGGCUCUAAUUCGGCGAGGGAGGAUGGACAAGCACAUCGAACUCUCGUACUGCACUUUCAAGGGGUUUAAGGUUCUUGCCAAGAAUUAUUUGGACAUGGAAUCACACGAGCUUUUCGCCACGGUGAGACAGCAGCUCGAGGAAACGAAGAUGACCCCGGCCGAUGUCGCCGAGAAUCUGAUGCCUAAAGCCGCCGGUGAAGAUAAAGAAACCUGUCUGAAGAGAUUGAUCACUGCCCUGGAAGAUGCCAAGGAAGAAGCUCGAUUGAAGGCCGAGAAAGAAAAAGAAGAAAAGAAAGAAAAAGAAGAAAAGAAUUCCGAUAAAGACGAUAAGAACAACGAAAAUGGCGUUGAAUCUGAUCAAAGUAAUGUCGCCAAUGGAGUCGAAGAAAAUGGAGUUAUCUAGGCUCAUUCGAAUCAGAAAUUUUAUUACAUUGUCUAAAUAUUAGUAUCCGAAAGCUAACAUUGGAUGUACGACGCCGGCUGCCAAUACCCAAGAGUUGAAAAACCAAUGAUUUUCGCACUCAUCAAUAUCCAUCAUCUAUACA